CUUAUUUACGUAAAGAAAAAGGGACCAUAGAAAGUUUCUGGAUAUUAAGAUGGGAGCUAUAGCAGUUCGUAUUUUCAGAACGGUAUUACCGUUAAUUAUUAUAUCGCUUACACUUGUUUCUGUUUCUCUUACAAUAUUUGCUGGUGUCAGAAGGGAUCCUUAUUUAGAUAAAAAUUAUGUCUUUAAAAUUGACGCGACUCAAUUUGCGGGGCAAAAGGAUCUUUACUCUGGUUCUGGGUCUACACCAGCAAAUAAGAUUGGAUUGGCUAAUCAUUAUUAUGUUUUUCUUUGGAACCAUUGUGAAUCCAACAAAGAUAUGAAAUUCAUGUAUUGUUCUAAACCAAGAUUUGAUUAUUAUUUCAAUUCGGUCAAAUUGUUGAAAGCUAGACUUAGAAGAGAUGCUAGAGUUAGAAUUCCAUCUGGUUCGGAUUCUUAUCACAAAAGACUUCGAGUUACUAGUUAUUGUUCCCUUGCACUUCUUCUUCUUGGGAUGAUUACUUCGCUAGCGACAUUUGUUUUUGUGAUUAUAAUUACUUUAGCAGGAUCAAGUGCAGUAUUUACAUCUACUCUUUCUGGUGUUUCGACACUUUUUCUUAUUCUAGGAUCAAGUCUUUUAACCGCUCAAUAUCUGGAAUUAAGUAAUUUAAUUCGAGAUAAAGCGGGUUAUCUUAAAGUCAAAGGAGAAGAAGGUAUAGGCGGACUUUUCUUUUUAUGGUUCUCGUCUGCCCUUAGUGUUCUUUCUUUUAUUAGUUUGUUGCUAGCAACACGUUUCAUUCGUAAGAAGAAAGAGGCAGCAAAACUUUAUCAUUAAAUAUUUCUUUUCAUUAAGAUAUGAUAUAUCAUUAUUUGUUGUUAGU